CGACGGUCCGACAGACUCCUCCCACCGAUGACCACUCCACCUCUGACGGGCUUGUUUACAAAGGGUUAACAGGUGCACAGUGCUGCUGCUGCUGGCCCUCGGUUCACUAUGGCCCAGAACCAAGUGAUCCUGCAGUUCCGCUUCUCCACAUUUGGGGACUCCAUGCUGCAGAAGAUGAACCUCCUGCGACACCAGAAACGCUUCUGCGAUGUCAGUGUGCGCAUCAACCAGCUGGAGGUCCCCGGUCACAAGGUGGUGUUUGCAGCCGGCUCCUCUUUCUUGAGGGACCAGUUUAUCCUUCAGCAGGACUCCAGGGAGGUCCAGAUCUCCAUGAUCCAGGAGGCGGAGGUGGGCCGGCAGCUGCUGCUGUCCUGCUACACGGGUCAGCUGGAGUUUCCUGAGCUGGAGCUGGUGAAUUACCUGACAGUGGCCAGCUUCCUCCAAAUGGGCCACAUUGUGGAGCAGUGCACUCAAGCUCUCAGCAAGUUCAUCAAACCUCAGUCUUCACGCAAGCUGGAGGGGGCUGUGGGUAUGAAGAGGGAGAAGAAAGACGAGGGUUUAGCCUCCCAGGCCCAGAAAGAGCAAGAGCGCUCUCAGGUUCGGACUGUUCAUCAGGAUGAGGAGAAUGAGGAGGUGAUGCAGGUCGGGGACGACAACGAUGGCGACGAUGGCAGCGAUGUGGACGAUGGCAGCGAUGACGACGACGAUGAUGUCAUCAUACAGCCUGCGUCCCCUCUUCAGAUCUUAGGCAAACGUCCAAAGCAGGGUGCGGUGGAGGGCGACAUCACCAUAGUUAAAGUGGAGUCUGUGUCCGACGUAGCAGAGAACUCCAUCACUGGCAACCUCCUCACCAGUCCCGCUCCUCCUACACUCCGCUCCCCAGAGCCCCAGCACUCUCUCAUCAACUCCACUGUGGACAGUCGUGGCAGUGAGAUGGCGGUCCCGCCUGGCGGGGCCGGAUACCCGCUCAGUUCCCCUCCCGCAGAGAAACACAGUGUGCACCAGAGGAACUACGACAAGCCCCUCCAGUGGUACCACCAGUGCCCCAAGUGCUCCCGGGUCUUCCGCCAGCUGGAGAACUACGCCAACCACCUCAAGAUGCACAAGCUGUUCAUGUGCCUGCUGUGCGGCAAGACCUUCACGCAGAAGGGCAACCUGCACCGACAUAUGCGCGUCCACGCCGGCAUCAAGCCCUUCCAGUGUAAAAUCUGUGGUAAGACCUUCACCCAAAAGUGUUCGUUGCUGGAUCACCUGAACCUGCACAGUGGGGAUAAGCCGCACCGCUGCAACUACUGUGACAUGGUUUUCGCUCACAAGCCGGUUCUCCGCAAGCACCUCAAACAGAUCCACGGGAAGAACAGCUUCGACAACGCAAACGAAGGCAACAUGCACGACGGGGGGCUGGACUUUGAUUUUGGACAAAUGAAAUCUGUGGACCUUUUUUAGUAGCUAUGACAUCAGUCGUUUAAAUGGCCGUGAUGCUUCAGACUUUUCAUUCAGAUGGAACAUUAAUAUCUUAAAUUUAGCAGUUCAAGAAACUGUCACAGUUUAUGAACAGCUGGAUUAUAGAGCCUGUUAUCUGCGUUAUCAAAGAGCGGCAUGAUGGCUGGUUUCCAAAAAUGUCAGCCUCAUCCUGAUGGCUUCAACUGGAGAAUGUAAACAUGAAAGAAGAUGUUUUCCUGGUCUACGUUUCACUGUAGCUUAAUUAUUUUUUUCUAGAUUUUUUUGUAGAUGCCUUCAUAUCAUACUUGAAAAUUCAGCACUGAAACACAAAACAUAUUGACUGUACUUCAUGAGUUUUAUUGAUGAAUCAACAUGUCUUUGUGUCUAUGUUGUCCAAUGAAAGAUAUCCACAUGUGUGUAUAUAUAUAUAUAUAUAUAUAUAUAUAUAUAUUUACAGUUUACUGUAGCAUUUAUUUCUUACCUUUGCGAAUAUGGACUGAAAGAGGGUGGGUUGAAAAAAUAUUUUAUUGAAGGCAAGCUACACCAGUGACAGAUAGGAUGCCAAAGUGUCUAUAUGAACUGAAAUGGCUCUUUUAUACAGACUUUAUAUCUGAGCUACUAUUGGACCAAAGUGACAUUGUAUCCGUCGUGUUUUCAUGGAAGUCAAUGUGUGUUAAGAAAUUAAA